AUGUGGUGGGGGAGGCAGAUCUUGAAUUACGGCCUGGUUUCCUCAGAGGCUUUCCGGAACAAGGACAAGGAGCUGGGAGGCCACCAGGAUGUCUGCAUGUCAGAAACCUGGUCACAGCAGCCGCCACCCCCCCAGCAGCCCUCACAUCAUGGGGCCACAGCUGCCCUUCCAGACCACCCCAUCCCACCCAGUGCGGUGACCGAGAAUCCUUUGGGCUGUGCCGUGUAUGGCAUCCUCCUGCAGCCAGAGCCCAGCGGGCUGCAGCACCCACCCCUCUCUGCCAGCGGUGGAGGGGAGGCCUCUCCCAAAUGUGGGGUUUGUGGACACGACCUGUCUCACCUCUCCAACCCCCAGGAGCACCAGUGCCUACAAGGUGGCCACGACCGCUCCUUCCAGUGCACUCAGUGCUUGAAGAUUUUUCAUCAAGCCACAGACCUCCUGGAGCAUCAGUGCCUGCAGGUGGAACAGAAGCCCUUCGUCUGUGGUGUCUGCAAGAUGGGCUUCUCUCUACUCACCUCGCUGGCCCAACACCACAGUGUCCAUAAUGGCAACACGGCCGUCAAGUGCUCCAUCUGCGAAAAGACCUACAAGGCGGCGGCGGCAGCAGCGGCAGCUCCCGAGGAACCUGCCCCGCCACAGCAGCCAGCGGCCCUCAACCGGGCCCCAGUGGAGAAGCCUUACAGCUGCUCCAUCUGCCAGAAGCCCUUCAAGCACCUCUCGGAGCUGUCACGACACGAGCGGGUGCACACUGGGGAGAAGCCCUACAAGUGCAGCCUGUGCGACAAGAGCUUCAGCCAGUCCUCGCACCUGGUACACCACAAGCGCACACAUAGUGCAGAACGGCCCUAUAAAUGCACCGUGUGUGAGAAGGCCUUCAAGCACCGCUCCCAUUUGGUGCGCCACAUGUACGCCCACUCAGGCGAGGCCCACCUCUUCCGCUGCAACGUCUGUGAGCUGCACUUCAAAGAGUCCUCGGAGCUGUUGCAGCACCCCUGCACGCCCAGCGGUGAGCGGCCCUUCCGCUGUGCGGCUUGCCACAAGGCCUUCCGGCGGCCCUCAGACCUCCGACAGCAUGAGCGGACCCACAGCACAGAGCGCCCCUUUCAGUGUGACCUUUGCCAGAUGAGCUUCAAGCAGCAGUAUGCGCUCAUGCGACACCGCCGCACUCACAAGGCUGUGGCCCCCGCCCCUUCUUCGGAGCAGGAGGCCGCCCCGCCGCCCUUCAAGUGCUCAUUGUGUGAGAAAGGCUUCGUUCAGCCAGCCCACCUGCUCUACCACCAGCACGUCCAUGGCAUUGAGAACCUCUUCAAGUGCAACGCCUGCCAGAAGGGCUUCAGCCAGUCCUCUGAGCUGCUGCGCCACCGCUGCGUGCAGAGUGCUGAGCGGCCUUUCAAGUGCACAGCCUGCAGCAAGGCCUACAAGCGGGCCUCCGCCUUGCAGAAGCACCAGCUGGCUUCGCACUGUGCCGAGAAGCCUCUCCGCUGUACCCUGUGCGAACGGCGCUUCUUCUCCUCCUCAGAGUUUGUGCAGCACCGCUGUGAUCCUGCCCGCGAACGGCCCCUGAAGUGCCCAGACUGCCAGAAGCGCUUCAAGUAUGCCUCUGACCUGCAGCGCCACCGUCGUGUCCACACGGGAGAAAAGCCGUACAAGUGCCCCUCCUGCGAGAAGGCCUUCAAGCAGCGGGAGCACCUGAACAAGCACCACGGGGUCCACACCCGGGAGCAGCACUACAAGUGCAUGUGGUGUGGCGAGCGCUUCCUGGACCUGGGCCUGCUGCAGGAGCACAGCGCACAACACACCUCCGCGGAAGGCACUUACACAGUGGCUCCCUGCCUGCCCUGAGCAGCCCCUCUGCCAAGCACAGCUCUCCUCUCCUUC